UUGGAAACAUUAUUCAAACCUCACUUCCAUGACAACACAAGUUUCCCCAUUCUACUCAGUAGUUCUAGCUUACACGAGCCAUUUCCGAAUGUUGUCGCUUACCUGCAUACAUUCUGCAUGUUGAUGGUGGACUGUGGAUGACUCGUUAUAUGACGUAGCAAAUGAUCUUUCGAACAUCUUAAUGAGAGAUAAUUGGUAUAAUUAGAACUAAUUUUGCGAGGAUUUGAAGAAGGAAGAUGCUGAUCAAACUAUGCGCAUAGCUGUUGGACAAGACUGUCUUUAGUCUGUCCAAUUGGCAGCGAAUGAGUUCACGUGAAAAACAUUGUUCACCUGGUAGCGUGUUAUGAGUGAGGAUAGCAGUGCAGACAGCACAAAUCAAGCCGAAAGCAGUAGCAAAGGUAACGCGAAAGGACUCAAAGUACCAGAAACAAACCAAAGCCAGAUCUCGAACAUCCUCGGCCAGUAUGGCUACGAAAUAGGAAAAGUAAUAGGCCAGGGCUCUUACGCCGUCGUUCGAAAGGCGUACUCAAAGAAGAAAUCGAAAGACGUCGCAAUUAAGAUUAUUACGAAAAAAGGCACCGAGGAUUUCCUCACCAAAUUCCUUCCGCGAGAAAUUCGAGUGUUAAAAAAGAUUCGCCACGUCAACGUCAUCAGCUUGAUAGAGGUGAUCGAGACCAACACUCGCAUAUACAUUAUAACAAACAUAGCCGAAAACGGCGACCUACUUGAGUACAUACGUAACAAGGGUGCUUUGCCAGAACCGGAAGUAAAACAUAUGUUCCGGCAAAUCAUAGAAGGAAUCGACUACUGCCAUUCGUAUGAUAUAGUUCAUCGUGACUUGAAGUGCGAAAAUCUGCUCAUCGAUGCUUCAAAGUCUAUUAUCAUCUCAGACUUUGGUUUUGCUCGCGAUGGGAUGACUACAGUCACUGGAAAGAAGAAGCUAAGUCACACGUUCUGUGGUUCUUACGCGUAUGCACCGCCUGAAAUUUUGAAAGGAAUCGCUUACGAUCCAACAAUGGCAGACGUGUGGAGUUUGGGCGUGAUUCUGUACACAAUGCUCUGUGGUCGACUACCGUUCGACGACUCCAACUUAAAGUUGCUUUUGCAACAAGUUCAUCGGAGGGUGGAAUUCUCGAGCAAAGUCAAACUCUCUGAUUGUGCUAAAGGCUUGAUAUAUAAGAUGCUGAAUUGGAACAUUGCAGACCGUAUUACGAUAAAAGGGGUCUUGACUCACCCAUUUCUGUCUAAUGAAGGCAGCUGCUCAAAAACAGAGGUAAAAGUUUCCCAAGAAGAACUUGGGGACAAUAGCGAAAAGAUUGCCUUGAAAGACGAAAAGACGCCUCCCAAAAAUGGCACAUGUGUCUGA